AUGCCUUGGUCUUCGUCAAUGUACAGGCGGCUUCUAUUUCCUCUGUUCAUGGCCGGUGCCGAUUCGGUUUCGAUGCAUCGCCAGCACUAUGUCAAGCUUUGCAUUGCGGAAAUUUUGGACAAGACCAAGUUCCCUCAGCCCGCGGUGAUGGAGAUCCUGAACGCCGUGUGGAACGCGCGGUCUACAGGGCCAAAUCCUCUUGCCUGGCAAGAGAAUGUUCCGUGGAUGGAAUGUACUUUUUCGACGUCGCUCAAGCGACAACAUGAUUCCUUGUUCUUUUAG